AUGUCUGUCACGACAAGUCUUAUCAAAGCAGCUGUUGUUCAAGCUGAACCAGUCUGGUUUGACUUACCUGGUACUGUUACAAAAACAUGCGAUCUAAUCAAAGAUGCCGCUUCGAAGGGAGCGAAAAUUAUUGCCUUCCCUGAGCUUUGGUUACCAGGUUAUCCUACAUGGAUCUGGGCCCGUCCAAUGGAUCUUGAGAUGGUCGUCAAAUACACCAAGAACUCAUUGAAAAUCGAUUCAAGUGAAAUGCAAGACAUCAAGUCUUGUGCAGUAGACAACAAUAUUGUUGUUUGUCUUGGGUUCUCUGAGCGAAGCGGAGACUCUCUCUACGUUGCUCAAUGCAUAAUUAACAGCAACGGUGAAGUUGUGAUGACAAGGCGAAAACUCAAACCUUUCCAUGUCGAGAGGACUAUCUUUGGUGAUGGGCAUGGCCCCUCACUUGACAAUGUUGCUCUCACUUCUGUUGGGAGAGUUGGGCAAUUAUCCUGUGGAGAACAUUUCAAUCCCCUGAUCAACUUCAAUACUUUCUCCCAAGGAGAGCAGAUUCAUUGUGCGGCAUGGCCCUGUGUGCCAGCUCACUCAGGCGGACCCGAACCAUACUCCAUGUCCGAUGAAGCGGUAGCAGCCAUCUCUCAGGUCUACUCUAUCCAAGCCCAGUGCUAUACACUACACUCUACAAUGGUAAUCUCACAGCCGUCCAUUGACAUGAUGGGUACAAAACAGGCACCAGUUUUUAAUGUCCCUGGUGGAGGAAACGCGAGGAUAUUUGCACCAGACGGGCGACAAUUGACAAGCGAGCUGCUAGCAACGGAAGAAGGCAUGGUAGUGGCAGACUUGGAUGUGAAUCAAGUGACUAUGCAUAAAGCAAUCCUUGACACCUGUGGACACAACGGGAGACCAGAGUUACUAUGGUUGGGCCGGGAUAAUCGGGCAAUGUCGGCAGUUCGAACAGAGAGAGACAUUUAG